AUGACGACAACGGAGAGUAUUGAAAAAGAUCCUAAUGAAAAAUUAUAUGAUAUAAUAAUUCAGAAGAUGGAAUCAUUAACCAAAAUAAAAUUUGCUGCCUAUCGUGUUGCAUGUAAACUUCGUGUCAUACAAAAAUAUUUAAAAUUAACCUUUGUUGAUUAUAAUAUCCUUGUACGAGCAUUUAAUUCUCAUGAAUUACAAUUUGGCGUUGACACACAAACAAUAUCCAUAGAUGAUGCACGAAAAGUUUUGAUAGCUAUUUAUGAAUUGAUAUCAACUUAUCAUUUUAAUGAAUCAAGUCUUGAAGACACAGUUGAAACAUUAUUAAAGUUUUUAUACGAAAUUCUUGAUGUAAAAUUAGAUGAAGAUUUUGACCUAAAUUCAUUCAAAAUAAUUGUUUUUGCAUUAUCAAAUGCAAGAUUACCAGAAAAAUAUCGAUGUUUUUUCCGACAAAUUGCAUCACCCAAUGUAAUUGUGACACAAGCAAAGUUAAUAGAACUUUUUGAAAUACUUUUAAAACUACCAAAUCAUUUUGAUGAUGUUGAUUCAUUUCAUACAGAUAAUAUCCUUGCUUGUGCUCAAAGUUGUCUCGAUCAUACGCAUGAUGGAGUUAUUCGUGAAGAUAUAUUUGUCAAUUGGAUGAGUCGUGAACCACAAACAUUAGUAUGGUUACCUACAUUACAUCGUUUAGUAGCAACUGAAACAAUUCGUCAUGAAGCUCAAUGUAAUGCUUGUAAAGCAUAUCCAGUUAUUGGCAUGCGUUAUCGAUGUCUUCGAUGUUUUAAUUAUGAUCUUUGUCAAACAUGUUUUUUUGUGGGUGAUCAUGGGAAAAAACAUGAUGGAACACAUCCAAUAGAAGAAUAUUGUAAACAAGUAACACCAUUCGAAGACUUGAAGGCAUUUUUUGAAUUUGUUAAACUUAAAAUUGGCAAAAAUGAACUUAAACGUAAAGAACGUUAUCUAACUAUUGAACGAUCAAAGUCACUUUCUCAUGUACCAGUCUCUGAUUCAAAUCAACCAGUAGUCAAUGAUCAGCGUUCUUUGAAUCGAGAAGAAAAAUCCAAUAAAAAAUCUAAUCUCCAAGAAAUUUAUCGUCCAGCAAUGAAAACUGAAACGAAUGGAAUAUCUUCGAACGAUGAACAAAAAGUUCCAUCGAUUGCUCAUGAAAAUUCUUCGAAAGAAGAAAAAAAGAAAGAAAAUAAUGAACAAGUGCAAACAAAAACACUAAAUUAUAUAACUAUUGAAAAGAAGAAAAUUCCUCCUGCUAAUGAAAAUAAAACAUCUCAAGAUGAUGAUAACGCACCAAUGCUCAUGCCUAAACAGCAUAAACCUAUUAAAAAAUCAUCAUUAAUAAAAACACAAACAGAAGAAUUAAUUCGUUCUGAACAUUACCAAUUACCACCUAAAGAUAAAGUCGAAAAUGAUGAUGACGAUGACGACUAUAGGCCACCAUUACCACCAAAGCAGCGCCAACAAAAUAAUUUGUCUCGCGCACUUGUUUAUGAUUUUAUCGGUAGUGAACUACAAGAACUACGCGCAACUCUUGCUCAAUUUGAUACCAAUUCUUCAAAUGUUUAA